AGUGAGCUUUCAGAAUGUAUUUGUAUGAGAUACAUGCACCUUGAAUAUGUUAUAUCUCAGCCAGGCUGUUGAAGGAUCAUAUUGUGCUGGACAAGGGAAUUGGUCUUAAAAAGUAAUUAGUGUGUUUUGAUAAAUGCUGAGAUUCAGCUUAAUGGAACAAAACAGAAAUCACUAGUAUGUGUCCUUAAAAUAAAGCUAUAUGCACAAUGGAUUCUAGUAUACAUUUGUACUGCAAGUGGAUUUUGAUAGGUAAACUAGUAAGGGAAUUAUUUUGCUUUUGGUGGAGAUUAUGUACUGUUCUUCUGGUCUCUUGGGGGAGGAUUGAGCUGAACCUGCUGCCUGUUCUCAGGAUGGAUGCAGACAAUUCAGUACACCUGCUGCUUGCUACUGCAGUUUUCAGCAGUCAAAUUGGUGUGCAGUGCAUGACUGGUUUGGCAGAACUGAAGUGGUUCACUGCUUCGUCGUGUUAAGCAGAAUCUAUAUUGUGUUAGUUUAAAAAAGCAAAUUAAGUAUCUCUGUCUUUAGGCAGACUCAUCUGGUUUUUAUGGAACUCCCUCUAGCUCUGAUCAUUCCUGUAUUCCAGUGCUAUAUUUUAGAAUAAUAUGAGGUAGUUAAACAUAACUUACUAUUGAUGUUGUUUUGUGUACUGUGUAUGUGUACAAAGGAAGGUCUGUGCAGAGGCAAUGAGCUCAAGUCUUUUCUCCCGUAGGUUUUUCAGAGGCAACUUAAUUUAGUUUACUCUGGUUUAUCUCUACCAGUAAUAAAUAAUGGUAGUGGGAAUUUUAGACACCUAUAGAAGGUGUUUCUGUUGGCAUUGGUGUUUUUAGUAUUAUGUUGUGUUUAUCUGCUGAAAGCAGCAUGAGGUGAGGAAAACUGUUAAAAACAUCACUGCUAGGAAAAUCUUUAUUUACACUGGUUUAUACUUUGGUUCAUGUCGUUACUAAAGUUGUAAAGGGACAGAAAUCCAGACGCUUUAUUAAGAAAUUCCUGGCAGUGCUUUUUAUGUAAUGUUUAUUUAGCUGCUUCUUCUCACAAAGAAAGGAGAACAGCAGCAAAUUUGGGACUUUGUGACUUUCUCUUUGGUUUUACAUCUUCCAAAACGGUUCUUUAUGAAAUGUAUUUGCGCUGAAAAUUUACUGAUAAUUUAAAUAUAGAGCAUGUUAUUAGCACCUGGGAUGAGAAGUUAAAUGCAGUCAAUACUUUCUCCUUUCUUUAGUAAUUAAAUAGAAUUGAAGUAUUUAGAACAGUUGUUCUUCUAGUUUGAUUUUCUAGUAGAUCCAUCCCCCCAAGACAAAUUUAUUAAGCAGAGCAGAAUCACUUUCCUUUCUGUAGCUGAGAUUAAAAUCCCGUGAUUGAUGGGCUUGCACUCUUUCUUCAAUUUCCAGAGGCGUUCACCGAGUCUCCGCUCUGAGUCUUCACUGGAGCACAGUUUGCGGAUUACUGUUGGUAAUGACCGGUACUGCAUUGGCACACCGGAGCGAAGGAGGCUGCCUGAUAGACUGGGCUCACCAAUUGAUAACCUGAAUGACAGGGAUGAUAUGGCUGAUGGUCCAAUAUUCACAAGAGGCCUGACAUGUCCUCGAGGCCUUGAGAGAUACCCAGCACAUGAAGAUCAGCCUUCAAGUCCGUUCAUUCCGAGGCACGAUGAAGACUACCGCAACCGAGAUGUUUUCCUCCACCGUUCAGAUUACAGUCCGCACUAUGGCCGUCGGGAGGAGCUGCCUCGUGGGAACGACAGAGACGGUGACAAACUGAGGAGAUCCCCCUACCCACUGAGGGCAGAGGAGAGGGGACGAGAAAUAAAGCGUCCACGGUAUGAAAAGGAUGAGAAGAUGCAUGGAGUGAGCGGGGAGCAUCAGGGCUUCUCAUCAGGAACACGAAACUACCGCAGACGAAGCCGCAGCCGUAGCAGAAGCCUGAGCCCAUCGUACCUGAAUGAAGAAUUCCGAGAGCUUGACCGAGCAAGGAGGAAAAGAGAAGAAGAAGAGCGCAGUAGAAACUUGAAUCAUGAUGUUUCAGGCAGUGGCUACGCAAUCCCUGGCUUGACUAACACAUUACAGACUUCUGAGCCUCGGUAUACAUAUAGGCCUGAAGAAAUCCCACCCAUGCCCAAAAAAUCUAUUUUGAAGAAACGAGUAGAGAUGGAAGUAGAGUCUGCUGUUCAGCCCGAGGGCUUUUCAAGCAGUCCAGCCCCCAGCAAGGAUCUUCCUCUUUCUGGUCAGUCUUCUUUGCCCCAAAGCAACAACAUAGCUCCUUUUGCCUCUGAAGUGGAAAACUUUCUCAAACGGUUUAACAAAGGCUCUCUUGUGGAGUCUUCAAACCAGGAGUUGUGUGAAGAUGUGUAUGAGUGGAACCCACUCUCUGGGCCUCCCAAAGACCAAACUUUGACGUUUGAAGAGAAGUUUGGAAAUUUCUUAAGUCACAAAGAAAAAGUAGAGCCCAAGUCAGAGCCCACUGAUCGCCAUACUGACUUCCUGCUGCCUCACGAGAGGGCCAGUCAGGAUGGCAGUGGUUUCUCCCGCAUUCUGGGCAUGAUGGCUGAUUCUGUCAGUGCUCAGGAGAAGAGGAGGCGUAGCUUUCCUGACAUUGAAGAUGAAGAGAAAUUUCUUUAUGGUGAUGAGGAUGAGGAGACCAAAAUUGAAUCUCUCCCCAUAGAGAGGCCCUCAGAGAGUUGUGGCAAUGAGAUAAUAAUACAGAAAUUGAGCCCGCCUCCUUCUCCUGCUCCAGCUGUCAAGACAGAUCCUUUAGAAGAGCCAAAUGCAGAGUAUGCAAAGAUCCACGACUUACUCAAAACCAUUGGACUUGACAUUGGUGUUGCUGAAAUUGGAAAACUGGCUGUUCGUACCCAGGAACGCCUUCAUGGCAAAAAGGUGGCGUCUCGUUCUCCGGAUCGUCGCUCUUUGGACACUCGCAGACUGGACGCCUGGGAGCUGCGCCGCAGCCGCAGUGACACCCGUUCUCCUGAGUCAGGCCAGCAGCGUUCAGCGUCACCUCCGGGCUCUUUCCAGCAGUCUAAAGAUGCGUCCUCCCUUCAGAAAUCAGACUAUACUAAGAGCAAGGCAGUGGGACAGGAGAUACCUCCACAUGCACCAGAACAGCCUCUUUCUUCUGUGUCUCUCAUUCCUUCAAUUCCACCAACUCCUCCUAGUUUGCCAACUACACCUACUUCUGUUUCCCAAUACCAAAUUCCCAACUAUUCCCACUACACUGCUGCUCAAAUGCCCCAAAACUAUCCCCCUCCCACAAUGGCUCCUCCAGGAUAUGAUGCAUAUGGGCACUACAUGGCAUAUGCAGCCACUGGCUGGCCCAUGUAUCCCCCUGCCCAGCAGCCUAAUCCUACGCUACCAGAAGCUCAUGGUCUUCUUACGAUGGCCAUGUCAGCGAACCCCACACGUCCCAAUCUCCGGGUGAUCGAGACAGUCUCUCUGGGAAAGGAUGUCCCUGAUGUAAAGAGAGAUGGUUCUGUGCUCGUUCAAGUCCCUACCACUCCUUCUCAUUCCAAAGCACCCCUUCGUCUGUCGUCACACCCUCUCAAAAAUACCACAGAGAGGAUAUCGGAUGAAAAAAAUCGGGCAGCUCAAAAGCAGAAGGUGAUAGAAGAGAGAGAAAAACUGAAGAAUGAUCGAGAAGCACGGCAGAAGAAGCUUUACUAUCUCAAGACUGAAUUGGACAGGCUUCGUAAACAGCAAGGAGAGAUGUUGAGGAAAAAGCGUCGUGAGAAGGACGGACACAAAGACCCGUUGUUGGUUGAGGUGAACAGACUACAAGAGAAUAUUAUGAAGGAGAUUGCAGAGCUGCAUAAAGAAUCUGAUGCGGCCGACAAGAAGCAGUCUGAGCUUGACAAAGUAGCACAAAUCCUGGGGAUUAACAUAUUUGAAAAACCCCGGAAACCAUCUGUGGAAACUAAAGAUUCCUCGGAAAAGAGCAGCAAGUCAGAAAAUGCAAAAGGUGUAGAGAAAACAUCUUCCUCCAACAAGGAAUCAAAAACUACUAAUGAAAAAUCGAGAGGUAGAAGCCCGAAGCCAGCAGAAUCCUCUUCACAGUCCUCCAAACAUCCUUUCCAGUUGGCCAAUAUUUAUGAAUAUUAUGAUGCAGGGAACCACUGGUGCAAAGACUGCAAUACCAUCUGCGGGACCAUGUUUGACUUUUUCACACACAUGCAUAAUAAGAAACACAGACAGACCCUGGAUCCUUACAACAGACCUUGGGCUUCGAAGACCCAGAGUGAGACCAAACAAGACUCCAUAAAACGCAUUGAUAAGAUAACAGUUCCUGCCAAAGGCUCUGAGUUUCUGAUUCCCAUCACUGGAUAUUAUUGCCAGCUCUGUCAUGAAUUUUUUGGAGAUCAAAUCUCAGCAGAGCAGCAUGUGAAAAGUCAUCCCCACAAUGAGAAAUAUAAGAAAUACAUAGAUGAAAACCCACUCUAUGAAGAGAGGAGAAAUCUAGACCGUCAAGCUGGAUUGGCUGUAGUUCUGGAAACAGAGCGCAGGCGGCAAAACGAGCUGAAACGGAAACUGGUUGAGAAACAGAAGGAAGAGAAGGAUGAGAAAACCCCAAAAAUAAUAAAGAAGGAGGAAGUAAAGAACAUCCCGGAGUCUGGAGAAGGGAGUAAUGAAAGUCAAGGCAAAACAGAUUCUUCCGGGCGAAAAAUGGGUAUCAUGGUAAAGCUAAAGAAGGAAGAGAAGACAGAGGAGAAGAAGGAAGAAAAGAAAGAGGAAUCUAAAAAGGAAUCACCAAGCCAGACCUCCUUUGGGAAAUUCAGCUGGAAAAAGACUGAGAGAGAGGAUAAAACCCCAGGAGCUAUUCCAAAGGAAGAGAAUACAGAAGGAAACAAAGAGGAGAACAAGUGCCAGUCUGUGAAAUCCCAUAUCAAACCCAUUGAAAUCAAGCUGUCUGGGAAAACUGUUAUUCCACACACUAGCCCAUGGAUACCAGUUGUUUCUACACCAACACCAACAAAAAUUCUCCCCAACCUACCAGUCCCCACCAUGAUUUUCAGGAAGUCUAAUACUGCAACAGUUAGUAAACCACCACCUUUGAACACCUUUUUAUCCAUAAAAUCCUCUGGAACUACCACGAAACCACUGCCAGUGGUAAAAGAAACAAGUGCAGAUCUUCUACUGCCUCCAGAUAUCAUAUCAAAAGCUUUUGGAGGAGAAGAAGUAAUUUUAAAAGGCUCAGAGGAGGAUUUGAAAGCAGCAGAGAAAAAUGAGUCUUCUCAGACUGUAGAUAAACUACCUCCACCCCGUCCUCCACCAGCAGUCCAGCCAGCAGCUGUCAUCCCUGCAGAUGAAGUAGCUCCAGGUGUGUCCGAAAGUGAACAGACAAUGUUGGCAACACCUGUGAGACCACCACCCCCUUCAACUGCUUUCAGUGAACAAGCAAAAAAGAUAGAGAAACGAAAUUCUUGCUUAGCCACAGCCAAUGCUAAAGAUCUCUAUGAUAUUUUCUACAGUAGUGGUGGAAAGGCUUCAGCUGACAGCAAGCUUGCAAGUUCUGCUCUUCCAAAUGGCGAAAACCCUAACAUAACAAAACCUGCAGACUUAUCUGCAAAUCACAAAACAAAUAAUAGCUCAUCCUCGUUGAAAGAGGAUUCUGAGAAUGUGGAUUCCUCACAGUGUAAUAAUCAAGUGACAGGGAGUUUGGUUCCUGUUGAAAAUCAGGCUGAAAUUAACACAAAGUCACUUCAGCCUCACCUAUCAGAAAUGUCAGUCACAGAAUUGUCAGAAAAGAAUCCUGUUUCUGGUAUCCAGAUGCCUGCAGAAAUUGGACUUGUUGAUACAGGAGGUGGAGAGCAGGCAGGCAGUCUGGAAUUCUGUCAUCUACAGAAAACUGAGGUCCAAGAGAAGGUUGGACAGGAAGAUGGAAAUAAAACUCCAGUUACAAAUGUUCCUGGUACCUUGGAGAAAGACACAAAGACAAAAGACUGGGAAAUAAAAGCAGUAAAGCCUAAGCAUAGCCUACACCCAAAGACUUUGUUACCUGAGACACAGAAUGAAAUUCAAAGUUUGGGAAAUUCCCACUUGGUAGGGGAAAAAUUAAAUGAUAACUGUAGAACUCACUCAGAAAUAGAUAGUUCGGACUUACACUGGGGCACUUCCAAAACUAGUAAUGGAAAGGAACACGUAGUCACAACUCGUUCUGAAAGUGGUUGGGAUCUAUCAAAUACUCCAAAUCCAGAAAUAAAAUCUGGUUCUAAUGAGGUUAAUGCUUCAGAAUUGACAGAGGGACAGACAGAAACUAGAAGUACCCUAUUAAAAGUUCAAGAAAAAGUUCAACUUAAACCUUCAGGCCAUGCAGUGUUGGAUAACCAAACCCAGAAGCAGGGAGUUGAACGGUUAGUCAAUACCUGCUCAAACAUUGUUGAACUCAGAUCUAGUCUAGAAUUAGUAGCUGAAAAUGAAAAAACGUCAUUAAGACACACUGGAUCUGAUGCAAGAUUAGAUAAUUUUCUUUUCAAGAGACCAUCAGAGGAUGUGAAACACAUGAAGACACCCUCCCAGAAAGCAGAGCUUGAGUUGAAAAGCACUGAUUCCAAUUUGGGAGACAAGGUAAAACAUGAAUGUUUCAGCAUCAUUUCAGCAGGACUUUCAAAGGAAAAUACAGAAGAAGUCACAAAACCAGAAACUAUUGCGUCCAUUAAGCUGGAGUCCAGUAAACUUAAAAAACUGGGCAUUGAAAGAACAGUGAAUGAAACUGAGAUUACUGAUUUUGCUACACUGACUUCUGGUAGCUGUGAAGAUAAAAUUUGCACACGGAAACCUAUGCUGCAACCUGGAUCACAGACCUCAAAUAGUGACACUACAGAAGUGGUCAUGCCAGUUCUAGAAAUGCAGGGCAUUUCUCCCACCUCUGAGAUACGCAUGCAAGUGAAGGAGAGCAAAGGUGGUGCUGGUGAAAUGCCAUCAUUGAGUUGUGACAGAGGCACCACAGAAGGUCAGACUUCUGGGUGUGUGGAAACUUUAAUGCCUGGGCUCAAAGAAACACUUGGGAAGGUGGGUGGCUCAGGAGGCAAGGGAAUGUGCACCAUCCAGAGCAAGAAGACUGAGCAAACAGAAGGUCCUGACAGUAGUUUGCAAACUACAAUGAAUUCAGGAAUUGUUGAAAGCAUAGCAGAAAGCCCAGUGGGUUGAAGUAAACCCAGCCAGUCCCAAUAUUUGAGGAGCCAGAGCUGGGAUUAUGUAUAUGUUUUUUGUUUGUUUUCCUUCCAGCUGAGAGUUUUGGGUGUAUUUUGCAUUCUGUGGUAGGACUUGACUAAACUGAAACGUAAAUCAUUGGAAGGCAGUCACAUACUUUAUUCUGUACAUAAUUAAUUGUGUAAAAUGUUUUUUCAUGUGAAUUUUUUUGCAAAUUUCUUUUCUACACUCUGCUAUUAAAAUGGAAUCUCGUUUAUAA